AUUUGGCGGUUUGGUUUCGGUACCUAAUUACGCUUUCCCUGAACACAAGGACAAGGAGUUCCCGCGGAUCAUUCAACAUGAAAGCUAAAGAUGCAUUGAGGAACAAUAAAACAGCCAUUCAUGGGAUUCUGUCCGGAGAAAAAACGGAUUACCGCCUAAUCCUCAACAAAGUCCAUGAGAAAAAGCUCAUAACUCAGCGGGAGUACAACAACCUUAAAUACAUUGAACACGCAACUGUGGAGACGUACGUUGUUGAGCUUGUGGAUAAGAUCAUGAAUAAAGGAGAAGAACAAUGCAAAGAGUUCCUGGACCUCCUGCAAACCGAUGAUGAAAUUAAACAAACUUUCCCAGAGCUGAAUCACUUACAACUGAAUCACACCCGCUCUUUAUCCGAGCCCGUCCAAGCCUCUUCAAGCCAGCAUGGUGUUCUGUCAGGAGAUGGCUCCAGCCAAAGGGAGGUGAGGUCCUACUCCUGGAAAGCAGCUCAACAUAACAGCCCUGAUGAGAGCAGCUCCGUGAUCAAUAAUCAGACUUUGAUGGCCAUAAGCGAAAAUCUGGACUCUUCUGAGGUAGCAGGGCUUUGCUUCUUAUGUUGUGAUAUUGUCAGCAGGAAACAUCUGGACGAGGUUGUGGAUGCCGCAGGACUGAUCUUGAGAUUAAGUGAAAACGGUCUGCUGGGGAACGUUACGUUCCUCAAGCAGCUGCUCUGCAUUAUCCAUCGAAAAGACCUCGCCGACCUCUUACAGACAGACAGGAGACAACCAGAGGAAAUAGAUGCUGGAUUUCCGCUGUCAAAAUACAGGCUGAUGCUGUACAAAAUAUAUGAUGAUGUGACAACAGACAGUCUUAAACGCAUUAAGAUUCAACUGAGGUCAAAGCUGAGCAGAAGAGAACUGGAUCAGUGCAAAACUAUGCUGGACGUGUUUGCUCAGAUGGAAAAGAGAAAUUUAAUAUCAGACACAGAUGUUGAUGAGCUCUAUAAUGUACUGCAACACCUGGAUGCAAAACUGGCAAAGAUUGUGAAGAAUUACAAAUAAGGUGGAGAAGAUACAGUUUAAUAUGAUGGACAACCAGACCCAGAGCCCGCCUUUCUUUAGCCAGUAGAUGGAUGAUAUCCUCACAGUCCUGACACGUGUGAACAGAAAGGUCAUCAGAAGAGAGUAUUCAACCAAGAAGCUCAUCCUCAAAUAUGUGUGACCAAGUGCAACACAAAGUCCCAGAUUCACAUGAUUACAGACAUCUUAUACUAUUGUGUUUUUAUUGGUGGCUGUACAGAAUCUGAGGUAAAACACUUUCUACAGAUAGUUACACAGUAUGUAUAAAUAAAUGACUUUCUUCAGGCACACAAAGGCAAGAAAAGAGGAAACUGUCACUCUUGUUUUGAAUCCCUUUUUAUAUAGAGAAGCAUUUGUGAUAUUUUACUAGAGGGCAUUCGUGAUAAACAUUUAUAUUUAAUGGUUUUAGACAAAGUGAAACAUAAUCACAGAUUAUAACAUUUUGCCCAUUCAAAAGGAAGGAAAUGUUACCACUGGAAAAGUGGAACUGAACUCUAUUUUAUCAUUUAAUUCUAAAUUCAUAUAUUUGUGUUGAAUUAUUCAACAUUCAGCUAUGUUUUAAAAAAUAUACAGCAUCUGUCUUUAGUAGGUGUCAUUUUCCUCUGUGCCUUUAAUAGUAAGCAGUACAUACAGUAUCAGUAAUUUUCCUCUACACUCACUGACAGGCCUUGUUGUGAAAAUGGAAAAUGAUUAUAGAUACCAAGGCUGUAAACAUGUUUAUUCCUGCUGUAGAGUUGGGAGUUUGAAAGGAUUGACUCAGUGCCCGAUGUUUAUUUGUAUCGGUGUGCAACAUGAAUGAACUACACUACACGAUCAUUCCCAAUGCUAUCACUAUAGCAUAUAGAUUUUGAUCUAUAAAAUAGAUCAAAAUCAGCAAACACUCAAGAUGGUACAAAGCACAAGAAUGUCAUGUCUGCUUUAUUAAGGCUAUAAAAGAUCAAAUAUGUUAAAUACAGAAAUACAGAAAUGUAGAAAUUUUUGCAAAUUUAUUAAAAAAGAAAAACUGAAAUAUCACAUGGUCAUACGUAUUCAGACCCUUUGCUCAGUAUUGAGUAGAAGCACCCUUUUGAGCUAGUACAGCCAUGAAUCUUGUUGGGAAUGGUGCAACAAGUUUUUCACACCUGGAUUUGGGGAUCUUCUGCCAUUCUUCCUUGCAGAUCCUCUCCAGUUCCAUCAGGUUGGAUGGUGAACAUUGGUGGACAGCCAUUUUCAGGUCUCUCC